AUGUGCUGCUUGAAACUGCGAUGCAAUUUUUUCACCGUUGUUUGCAAAUUUGAAAUUGUAAUCGAGCAAUUCAUGAAUCGGACUCACGAAUAUCAUCAUUGCAGGCGUCUAACAUCUCCUUCAGCACGAGGCAGUCUUCGAAACCACAAUUCAUUCCCUGUCCAUAGAAUGGUGCCAUUGCAUGGGCGGCAUCGCCGGCAAGGAGAACGAAGUUCCCAAAGUCAUGAGGUCGACACUGAAAUUCAAAACUAG